AUGGAUGAGGCAGCGGAGGAGCCGACCCUGGUGCAAAUGCUCGCUGUGAGCGCCGUUAAAAGUCGAUAUCUGUCUCUGUCUCCCUCCUUCCAGCGCUGCUCGCUCGCCUCCUGGAUUAAAGAAAACAUCAAGAAGAAAGAGUGCUGCUUCUAUGUGGAGGAUGGCAGGGAGGGGAUUUGUAAGUGUGGUCACCCAAAGAUCCAGCACUGCGAUGAGGCCAUCAAACCGGAGGACUAUAUGGGGGAGCAGUGGGACAGACACAGACACGUCAGAGAGGUGCCCACCGAUGCCUUUGGAGAUAUCAGCUUUGGGGGACUUGGACAGAAAACCGGAAAGUAUGUUCGGGUGUCGUCGGACACGUCCUGUGAGAGUCUGUACCAGCUGAUGACAGAACACUGGAAACUGCGUUCGCCGAACCUGCUGAUAUCAGUGACUGGCGGAGCCAAAAACUUCUACAUAAAGACUCACCUGAAGGACAAGUUCCGUCGAGGCCUCAUCAAAGUCGCCCAGACCACAGGUGCGUGGAUCCUGACAGGAGGGACACACGCCGGUGUGAUGAAGCAUGUGGGCAUGGCCGUGCGAGAUUACACACUCAGUAGCGGUUUGAUGGAGGGACAGAUCGUCGUCAUCGGUGUGGCACCCUGGGGAGUCAUUCACAACCGAAACGCACUCAUCCAUCCUGAGGGUUGUUUCCCUGCAUACUACUCUCUGGACGAGCAGGGUCAGGGCCAUCUCUCCUGUCUCGAUAUCAAUCACACUCACUUCUUGCUGGUGGAUGAUGGCACUCACGGACAUUAUGGAGUUGAGAUUGAGCUGCGGGCCCGUCUGGAGAAACUCAUCUCUCAGCAAUCGCUGGGAAAUAGAGAGAGUGGAGUGACGAUACCGGUGGUCUGUGUGGUCUUGGAUGGCGGUCCAGGAACGCUAAACACCAUCUAUAAUGCGAUGCUGAACCACACGCCGUGUGUGGUGCUGGAGGGCUCUGGACGCCUGGCGGACGUCAUCGCUCAGGUGGCGGCUCUGCCCGUGUCAAAGGUCACUCUGGUCCUUAUCAACCAGCUCAUGAAGAGGUUUUUUGUACAAGAGUACAAAAGCUUUACUGAGGUGCAGGUCAUUGAGUGGACCAAGAAGAUUCAGGACAUCAUCCGAAUGCCUCAUUUGCUCACUGUGUUUCAUAUCGACGAGGAUAAAAACUACGAUGUUGACGUUGCCAUUCUACAGGCUCUACUGAAAGCCUCCAGAAGCGAUGAACACGCGCGGCGUCAGUCGUGGGAGAGACAGCUGGAGCUCGCUGUGGCCUGGAACCGGGUCGACAUCGCUGAGAGCGAGAUCUUCACCGAGGAGAGCCAGUGGACGUCCUGUGAUCUGCAUCCGGCCAUGUUUUCUGCUCUGGUGGGAGACAAACCUGAGUUCGUGCGGCUCCUGCUGGAGAAUGGAGUGUGUGUGAGGAAGUUUCUGGAGCAUGAGGACACGCUCUGUGAGCUUUACGCCCACCUGCCCGCCUGCUUCUUCCUGCGCAAACUCGCUAAAAGAGUCCAGGGUGGAAAAAUCCGCAGGGGUCAAGAGCCGCCGCCUGGAAGCACAAAGAUCUCCUUGAGUCACGUGGCUGAAGAAGUGCGCCACCUGCUGGGGAGUUUCACUCAGCCGUUAUACGAGCCGUCACGCUACAAGAUGACCAAAGAUGAUGUCCGUUUGAUGGUGCCGUCCAAAGGCCUGGUGGAUCUGCCGUGUUCGGGUGAAGAGUGGAGCGCAGACACGGUUUGGGACCCGGGACGGGAUCUGUUCCUCUGGGCCGUCGUGCAGAAUAACACAGAACUGGCAGAGAUCGGCUGGGAGCAGUGCAGAGACUGUAUCGCAGCCGCUCUGGCAGCCAGUAAGAUCUUGAGGAAACUGGCGCAGGAGAGCGGAGAGGACGACAGCGAAGAGGCAAAGGAAAUGAGAGAACUGGCCAGUCACUACGAGAAACAAGCCAUCGGUGUGUUCAGCGAGUGUCACAGCUGGGACAUGCAGCGGGCGCAGAAGCUGCUGAUCCGCGUCUCUCCGUCGUGGGGCAGAAGCACCUGUCUGUGGCUCGCGCUCGAAGCCGACGCGAAGAGCUUCAUCGCUCACUCUGGAGUCCAGGCUCUGCUGACUCAGAUCUGGUGUGGAGAGCUGUCUGUGGAUAAUCCACACUGGAAAGUGCUGCUCUGCAUGAUCUUCUUUCCUCUCAUCUACACCGGCUUCCUGACCUUCAGACGGGAUGAAGACAUCCAGAGACAGGCCGAGAGGACAGAGCAGCAGAAACUGGCCAUGGAUUCAGUCUUUUCUGGAAGCUCAGACACCAAACUCAAACGGCAUUAUCGGUUAGUUGAGUUACAGUUCUAUCAUGACUUUGACGGGCCUGGUUUCCGGAGGAAAGCAAAGAUGUACAUCAGUGAUGUGUGGAACAUUCUGGAUGUGCUGUCAAUCAUACUGUUCAUUGCUGGUCUGGUCUGCAGACUUCAGGCCUCCGGUACUGUGUUCUAUGUGGGUAAAGUUAUUCUCUGCAUCGACUUCAUCAUAUUCUGUCUCCGAUUAAUGGCCAUCUUCACUAUCAGCCGAACUCUUGGCCCCAAGAUUAUCAUCGUCAGGAAAAUGAUGAUGGAUUUGUUCUUCUUCAUGUUUCUGCUCAGUAUUUGGGUGGUGGCGUAUGGCGUGGCCAAGCAGGGCAUUUUGAUUCACAAUGAAGACAGACUGAACUGGAUCAUCCGCGGAGCCGUCUAUGAGCCCUACCUUAUCAUUUUCGGCAACGUCCCCACUAAUAUAGACAACACUCAGUAUGAUGUGGGCAGCUGUAGUGUGAACGGCUCCGAUCCUCUGAAGCCCAAAUGUCCCGUGCUGAACGAAGAUAACAUUCCGGCGUUCCCAGAAUGGCUGACCAUCAUCAUGCUGUGUGUCUAUCUGCUCUUCGCCAACAUCCUGCUGCUCAACCUCCUCAUCGCCAUCUUCAACUACACGUUCCAGGAGAUCCAAGACAACACAGACACCAUCUGGAAGUUCCAGCGCUACGAGCUGAUUAAGGAGUACCACAGUCGACCCGCUCUUCCUCCACCCUUCAUCCUCCUCAGUCACCUCAUCCUCUUCAUCAGAGGAGUGCUGCUGCGCUACCCUCCACAGAAACACAAACACUUCAGACAGGAGCUGGAGCAGACUGAGGAAGAGGAGCUGUUGUCAUGGGAGGCCUACAUGAAGGACAACUAUCUGGCAUCGACGCGGCAGGACGAGAGCCAGAGCGUGGAGCAUCGUAUCCAGGACACCGCAGAGAAGGUUGGCGUGAUGUCAGAACUCCUGGAGCGCGAGCAGGAGAUGGUUUCUACCACCGUGGCAAAACGACUGGCCAAGCUUGAAGAGCAGGUCUCAGAGUCCACCAAAGCUUUACGAUGGAUUGUGGACGCGCUGAAAUCUCAGGGAUGCAAAUCCAAAAUGCAGCCGCCUCUAAUGACAGGUAAAAGCUCUGACAGGGACGACGGUGAAUCUAGUGGACAGGAGACAGAUGAGGAAUCAGCUCCUCACACGUUUGCACGUCAGCUUCAGUAUCCCGGCAGUACCGUCAAACGCUUCCCCGUGCCUGAGGAGAAGGUGCCCUGGGAGGUAAACUUCACUCCAUACCUUCCUCCAGUUUACAAUCAACAGGACAGCAGCGACUCUGACACUUCAGUCUUGGACAAGUACAGGAAUCCAGGAGGAAGGACUGGGAUUCGGGGAAAAGGGUCUCUGAAAUCCCUUGGUCCGAAUCACAUUCUCCACCCAAUCCUCACCAGGUGGCGUGAUGCUGAACACAAGGUGCUGGAGUUUCUCGCCGUUUGGGAGGAAGCGGAGAAACACUGGGCUCUUCCUGGGGGCCCAGUCAAAGCUAAUGAGCCUCUAGCACAGACACUGGAGAGGAUUCUGGGAAAAAAGUUACAUGACAAGACCAAGUCUCAAAUAGAGGCUGGAGAACAGGUGUGUAAGGGUUAUGUAGAUGACAGCAGGAACACCGAUAAUGCCUGGAUAGAGACCACCAUCAUCACACUUCACUGUGACAAACACACCACGCUCACAGCAGAUCUGAACCGCAUUGUCGAGAGCUCGCUGUCGUCUCAUCAGCCUCUCCAGUGGCGGGAAGUGAGCAGCACCGCUUGUGUGUGUCCGUACCAACGAGAAGCUCUGCAUCAGAUAGCACAGUGUCAUAACACACACUUUUGACCCUCAGGAAAAUACACACACACACACACGCUACACCAGAAAUAAUGAGCGCAAACACACUCUGCACU